GGUGCCGCGCCCAGUCUCUCUCCCGCCCGCCGGCACUCACAACUCUCCCAAGCUUGUCCACACUGUGAGAGCUGAGGCAAGUCCGAGGGAGCGGCGGGGCGCUGCCGGCGAGGGGCACCAUGAGGAGCGGCCAGCCCUGUGGGGUCGAGAGCUGGAGCGGCCGCGGCACCUGCUGAGUGAAAGGGAGCGGCCGGUCGCUCGGCGCGGCUGGGGCGCGGCGGAGGCUCGCCGGCGGCUCGGCCAUGUCGCUGCUCUGCGUGCGCGUUAAAAGAGCCAAAUUCCAGGGUUCACCAGAUAAAUUUAACACAUAUGUGACUCUGAAAGUGCAGAAUGUAAAGAGCACAACUGUAGCAGUUCGUGGGGAUCAACCUUCCUGGGAACAAGAUUUUAUGUUUGAGAUUAGUCGACUGGACUUGGGUCUAAGUGUAGAGGUAUGGAACAAAGGACUCAUCUGGGACACCAUGGUGGGGACCGUGUGGAUUGCAUUGAAGACUAUUCGUCAGUCGGAUGAGGAAGGGCCUGGUGAGUGGUCCACCUUGGAGGCAGAGACAUUAAUAAAAGAUGAUGAGAUUUAUGGAACUAAAAAUCCAACUCCCCAUAAAAUUUUGCUUGAUACAAGAUUUGAGUUGCCUUUUGAUAUACCAGAGGAAGAAGCCAGAUAUUGGACCUACAAAUUGGAGCAAAUCAAUGCCUUGGAAACUGACAAUGAGUAUUCUAUUCAAGAAGAAAGCCAGAGGAAACCAUUGCCCACUGCUGCCGCCCAGUGUUCUUUUGAAGAUGCUGAUAGUGCCGUGGAUGACAGAGAUAGUGACUAUCGCAGUGAAACCAGCAAUAGCAUCCCACCUCCUUACCAUACAACUUCUCAACCUAAUGCUUCUGUGCACCAGUUCCCUGUGCCUGUGCAAUUGCCACAGCAGCUGCUACUCCAGGGCAGUUCCAGGGACUCUUGCAAUGAUUCUAUGCAAAGUUAUGACCUUGAUUUUCCAGAGCGGAGGGCACUCAGCCCCACCAGCAGUAGUCGGUAUGGCUCUUCCUGCAAUGUGAGUCAAGGAAGCUCUCAACUCAGUGAGCUAGACCAAUGCCAUGAACAAGACGAGGAUCAUCGGGAUAGGGACUCAAUUCAUUCCUACAAUAGCUCAGCCAGCAUCUCCAGAGAUGGCCAGCCAGGUUUUGGAGAACAAGAGAAAACUCUAGAAGUAACAGGUGAAACAGAGAAGGGGAGAGCAUGUGAAUCCAAGGAGAUGAAAGAAAAUGCCACAACCCAUCAUCUCCCAGAUCUGGUGCUACAUAAAGACCAUGUCUUGAGCCCCCAGGAGAGUUUUCCUGGGGAAAAUGCAUCUUCACCAUCCACCCAAGCCAGAACGCUCUGGAUCCGAGCAGUUACCAAGGUUCGACUCCAACUGCAGGAGCUUCCAGAUGAUGGUGAUCCUACUCUGUCUCAGUGGCUCCCAGAAGGGCCUGCUGGAGGGCUCUAUGGCAUUGACAGCAUGCCAGAUCUACGCAGAAAGAAGCCACUGCCACUUGUCAGUGAUUUGGCUAUGUCACUGGUCCAGUCCCGGAAAGCAGGAAUUACUUCUGCAAUGGCUACACGUACCUCUCUCAAGGAUGAAGAUUUGAAAUCCCAUGUGUAUAAGAAAACCCUGCAGGCCUUAAUCUACCCGAUCUCGUGCACCACACCCCACAACUUUGAGGUUUGGACCGCCACGACCCCAACCUACUGCUAUGAGUGUGAAGGCCUGCUCUGGGGCAUUGCCCGGCAGGGCAUGCGCUGCAGUGAAUGUGGAGUCAAGUGCCAUGAGAAGUGCCAGGACCUGCUCAAUGCCGACUGCUUGCAGCGGGCCGCAGAAAAGAGCUCUAAACAUGGAGCUGAGGAUCGGACCCAGAACAUAAUCAUGGCCCUGAAGGACCGCAUGAAGAUCCGAGAGCGGAAUAAGCCAGAGAUCUUUGAAGUUAUUCGAGAUGUCUUCACUGUGACCAAAGUUGCCCAUGUACAACAGAUGAAAACAGUGAAACAGAGUGUGCUGGAUGGCACCUCUAAAUGGUCUGCCAAGAUUACCAUCACUGUGAUGUGUGCCCAAGGCCUACAAGCUAAGGACAAGACAGGAUCCAGUGAUCCUUAUGUGACUGUGCAAGUGGGUAAAACCAAGAAGCGUACCAAGACCAUCUUUGGGAACCUGAAUCCUAUUUGGGAGGAGAAGUUCCAUUUUGAAUGCCACAACUCUUCUGACCGCAUUAAGGUACGUGUAUGGGAUGAGGAUGAUGACAUCAAAUCAAGAGUAAAGCAACGGCUAAAACGAGAGUCUGAUGAUUUCCUUGGCCAAACCAUCAUCGAGGUUCGGACACUAAGUGGCGAGAUGGACGUCUGGUACAAUCUGGAAAAGAGAACAGACAAAUCAGCGGUCUCAGGGGCCAUACGACUACAAAUCAGUGUGGAAAUCAAGGGGGAAGAGAAAGUAGCCCCCUAUCAUGUGCAGUAUACGUGUCUCCAUGAGAACCUUUUCCAUUACCUCACAGACAUUCAGGGCAGUGGAGGAGUCCGGAUCCCUGAGGCUCGAGGAGAUGAUGCAUGGAAGGUGUACUUUGAUGAGACGGCCCAAGAAAUUGUGGAUGAAUUUGCUAUGCGCUAUGGCAUCGAAUCCAUAUAUCAGGCCAUGACGCACUUUGCUUGUUUGUCAUCCAAGUACAUGUGUCCUGGUGUACCAGCAGUCAUGAGCACCUUACUGGCCAACAUCAAUGCCUAUUAUGCCCACACAACAGCCUCCACGAAUGUCUCUGCAUCUGAUCGCUUUGCAGCCUCCAACUUUGGGAAAGAGAGGUUUGUAAAACUACUGGACCAGCUGCACAAUUCACUGAGAAUUGACCUGUCUACAUACAGGAAUAAUUUUCCUGCGGGAAGCCCUGAGCGGCUCCAGGACUUGAAGUCCACGGUGGAUUUGCUGACCAGCAUUACUUUCUUCAGAAUGAAGGUGCAAGAACUGCAGAGCCCUCCAAGAGCCAGCCAAGUUGUAAAGGAUUGUGUGAAAGCCUGUUUGAACUCUACAUAUGAAUAUAUUUUCAACAACUGCCACGACUUGUACAACCACCAGUAUCAGCUGAAGCAGGAGCUACCUCCAGAGGAACAAGGGCCUAGCAUUCAGAAUCUAGAUUUCUGGCCCAAACUUAUCACACUCAUUGUGUCAAUCAUAGAGGAAGAUAAGAAUUGCUACACACUCAUUCUGAACCAGUUUCCUCAGGAGUUGAAUGUGGGAAAAGUCAGCGCAGAAGUGAUGUGGCAGCUCUUUGCCCAAGACAUGAAAUAUGCCCUGGAAGAGCAUGAGAAAGAUCGUCUUUGUAAGAGUGCUGACUACAUGAACCUGCACUUCAAGGUGAAGUGGCUCCACAAUGAAUAUGUGCGGGAUCUGCCUGCCCUCCAGGCACAGGUGCCUGAGUACCCAGCGUGGUUUGAACAGUUUGUCCUGCAAUGGUUGGAUGAGAAUGAGGAUGUGUCCCUGGAAUUCCUGCGAGGAGCCCUGGAACGAGAUAAGAAGGAUGGGUUCCAGCAGACAUCAGAGCAUGCACUCUUCUCCUGCUCUGUGGUGGACGUCUUCACACAGCUCAACCAGAGUUUUGAGAUCAUCCGGAAGCUGGAAUGCCCAGACCCCAACAUCCUUGCCCACUACAUGAGGAGAUUUACCAAGACCAUUGGGAAGGUGCUGAUACAGUAUGCAGACAUCUUAUCAAAGGAUUUCCCAGCUUAUUGCACCAAGGAAAAAGUGCCCUGCAUCCUGAUGAACAACAUGCAGCAACUGAGAGUCCAGCUGGAGAAAAUGUUCGAGGCCAUGGGAGGCAAGGAAUUGGACCCCGAAGCUGCAGACAGCCUGAAGGAGCUGCAGGUGAAACUGAAUGCAGUUUUGGAUGAGCUCAGCAUGGUGUUUGGAAACAGUUUCCAGGUGUGCAUUGAUGAGUGUGUUCGACAAAUGGCCGACAUCCUAGGCCAGGUGCGGGGCACAGGAAAUGCAUCCCCCAAUACCAGGGCCUCAGUGGCUCAGGACGCAGAUAGUGUGCUCCGGCCUCUCAUGGACUUCCUGGAUGGCAACCUCACACUCUUUGCUACCAUAUGUGAAAAGACAGUCCUGAAGCGUGUACUGAAGGAGCUCUGGAGGGUGGUAAUGAACACAAUGGAGAGGAUGAUUGUUCUGCCCCCGCUCACUGACCAGACGGGCACUCAGCUUAUCUUCACUGCUGCCAAGGAGCUGAGCCAUCUUUCCAAACUCAAGGACCACAUGGUGAGAGAGGAAACACGGAGUCUAACUCCAAAGCAGUGUGCCGUCCUUGACCUCGCCCUGGACACCAUCAAGCAAUACUUUCAUGCAGGAGGCAAUGGGCUGAAGAAAACCUUCCUGGAGAAGAGCCCAGAUAUGCAGUCUCUACGUUAUGCCCUGUCUCUGUACACACAGACUACAGACACACUCAUCAAGACCUUCGUGCGUUCACAGACUGCUCAGGUACAUGAUGGGAAAGGUAUUAGGUUUACUGCUAAUGAGGACAUUCGACCGGAAAAGGGGUCUGGUGUGGAUGAUCCUGUGGGAGAAGUCUCUAUUCAAGUGGACUUGUUUACACAUCCUGGUACUGGAGAGCAUAAGGUCACAGUGAAAGUGGUGGCUGCCAACGACCUCAAGUGGCAGACAGCGGGUAUGUUCAGGCCCUUUGUGGAAGUGACCAUGGUUGGCCCACACCAAAGUGAUAAGAAGAGGAAAUUCACAACCAAGUCAAAAAGCAACAACUGGGCCCCCAAGUACAAUGAGACAUUUCACUUCCUUCUGGGAAAUGAAGAGGGACCAGAGGCCUAUGAGCUACAAAUAUGUGUGAAGGAUUACUGCUUUGCCCGAGAGGAUCAUGUGUUGGGGUUGGCUGUGAUGCCUCUCAGGGAUGUGGCUGCCAAGGGCAGCUGUGCCUGCUGGUGCCCCUUGGGCCGAAAGAUCCACAUGGAUGAGACAGGCAUGACCGUCCUCCGGAUUUUGUCUCAGAGGAGCAACGAUGAAGUGGCCCGAGAGUUUGUGAAGUUAAAAUCAGAGUCUCGUUCCACAGAGGAGGGGAGCUGAGCACACUGACUCCUGUGCCAACAACAUAGCGCCAAUUCCACAAAUCAGGGCUAAUAGAAAUUACAGGGUAGUCAGCUGAGGGUACACAGUCAAGAGGUCAACAUUAAGGAAAUUUAUGGUGAUGAGAGUUUGACUUUCCACAGAAGGGUCAUGAAUCCCUGACCAGCAGGUACAUGGUGCUAGGAGCUAGGGGAUUAUAACAUAGGGAGAUUUUUCUAUGAAGAGGGAGGGGCAGAAAUUCUUGAGCAUGUCAGCCAUUCUUGGUAGACACCCUUCAACCCCAUACACUAUCUCUGCACUUCUCUGUACCACACCUUAUGCAGUUAGACCCAUACAUACCAAUCAUUAGAAGAACAAGUUUAGAGGGUCUGGAAUUUAUAUCUGGCUAGCUAAGAAUUCAAUUAGUCUAUGGGAUUCUCUUAGCCCUACAGUUAGGAAUAUGGCCAGGGCAGGUACAUACAAAUUCAAAGUCACACUCUCCCUUGAGUAGAAUCCACUGGUUUGCAUGACUUCAGUGAGAACAAGGCUUUGAAACUGAACAAGAUACCUUCUAGAAAUGAGCUGUGCGAAUCUCUUCCCCCAGAUUAUAUCUGUUGUGAUUAUAACCAGGUUCACAUGGUGCUUCACAGCCAUGAGCAGAAUAUUCUUUAGAAUCCAAGCACCAGGGACCACCAGACCAGGAGUCCCCCUACCUCACUCCUGCAGGAAGGGGAGUGAUGCUUCAGGACAUUAGAGGCUGUUUUUAUGUGUAUUCAUCUGAGGAGUAGUAGAAGGCCUACUAAAGAGGCCUUUAUUUUCUUUUUGAGUAGGCUAUGAACAAAGCCAAAAAAUGUGGAAAUGAAUAUAGAAAGAGACCUCUUCACUUAUGGCCAUUGCCUUCUGACUGUCUGCUCCCUUGCAGAAAGAAUUUAGCCUUUGACCUCACUCCCCUUCAUCUAAGUCAGCUGCUGUCCCCUCAUAGAAGUUCAGCCCUACAGAAGGAGCUUGGACUCUGAACCCUCUGUACAGGCUGGAUGGAGAGGGGCCUCAAUAUUCCGUGGAAGGUCAGAGACAGAUCCUUUCAGGGGGUCUUAUAGACUUCCUAGGCUCUUGCUCAAAGAUGUGACAUGAUCCUUCAAUAUCCUCAGUAGCCGUCUUCUGGACCUCCUGAGGACCAGGACCUCUUCAUUGUCUACAAAUGUAUUGGCUGUGACAUUAGACAAGAAACUAAACAUCUUUGCUGUUAAUUAUUGUAUGUGCCAUUAUUGCAGAAAAUUUUUGACUAGUCUAAUAAAUUAUCUUAUAGCAGCC